AUGGAGCCUUGGGAUCAGUCCUCUGUGGUUCCACCCACCGAAUUGCCUGAAAUGACGGAGUUUGAGCAAACCCGCACGGAGAUAGAAACCGCACUAUUCCGGGAGCAUUGGGAUCAGUCUUCGGUGGCUCCACCCACCGAACUACCUGCAAUGACGGAGUUUGAGGAAACCCGCGCGGAGAUCGAAACCGCAGUAUCCCUUGGAGAUGACCUGUGCCACAUGUUGCUCACCUAUCAGAACUCAGUCCCAACGAUGGUGGAUGAUGUCCAAUCCAACCCUGAUAUGGCAACGCUAGCCGGUGGAACAGUGACCAUCGAUUUGGCCCAUCCAGUCAACAUGUUGCAGGAAGAGUUGGCAGCUGCGCGCCAAGCCACCGCCUCCUCUUCCUCUUCCUCCUCCAGACCUUCCACGGUGCCGAGGGCGAAGGCGAAAGGGAAGCCCAUACAGGCUGGAAUGUAUCCAGCUGAGAACGAGAACGUCGCCAGGUUCAAGGUACAGUCGUGCUCCAAAGAGGAAAGAGAGCGAAGAGACGCCAGGAACGCCAAGGUCAAGCGUCAUUUGCCGUUGAACGGGUCAAUGCACCCUUGUGCGGUUGAUUCGGCCGAUGGUCGCAGCAUGUAUAUUGACAAACGCGGUGCACCGGCCUCAGCACAGCGACCGGAGCAACAGCGUACCAGCCCAGGCGCAGCACCCGGCGCAUCGGCGCAACCGCGCACACACACGCACACACGCGCACACGCAUUAUGUGAACGACGUCUCGGCGUAUUUGCAGCGCAGACCCCGCGAUCGGCGUAA